CGCAAAGCUUCACCCGGAGUCAAUUGCCAGAACACCGACACAGACACCGCAGCACAGAACCUACACCUCUCCUACUCCCCUCCCUCAACAAAAUACCCAUCCUCACGUCCACCCCUCAUACCGAAGACCCAUAACAAUGUCAGAAUCCAGCUCCGACCCCCCACCAGGCUCAGUUAACAUCGCCUCGCUCUCCGUCCCGCAACUCCGCGCUCUGCAGACGCGACUCUCCACCGAACUCGAACACCUGACCACCUCGCACGCCAAGCUGCGCGCCGCGCAGCUGAAGUUCAAGGACUGCGUGCGGUCGAUCAACGAGGGGGUCGUGGGGUCCACGAAGAAGGGCACCGCGGGCCAGGAGGAGAUUCUCGUGCCGCUGACCAGUUCGCUGUAUGUGCGGGGUCGGCUCGCGGAUCGGGAGAAGGUGCUUGUUGAUGUUGGGACGGGGUUUUAUGUUGAGAAGACUGCCCCCAAGGCGAUCGAGUUCUACGAGGAUAAGGUCAAGGGUCUAGAGACCAACCUCACCGAGUUGGAGAAGAUUGUGCAGACCAAGAGUCAGCAGCAAAGGCUUUUUGAAGAUGCAUUGAGACAGAAAUUGUUGGCAGAGGGUGCCGCCUCUUCCGCCACUGCUACCGCUGGUGCCGGUUAGUAAAGUCUGUCAUGUUAAGGUACAGAAACAGAAAAAAGCAAAACAAAGGCAAGAUAGGCAUCAAUGAAGUUUGACAUGAUUGACCGCCAUAUCAACGUCC